UCAGACGCAGUGGUCCUCGCGACGUCGUCAAUAAAACGCUUUACACACGCGCUCUUUUCCCGAGAUUUUUUUUAACUUUUUAAUUCUUUUGAAUUUUUUAGAAACUCCAUAAUUUUUACUACUGGUGUAAUGAGCAGGUGACAACAAAAUUACGCUCCCCCCCCCCCCCCGUUUGAAUGAGUGAAUUUGGGUCCUGAUCAGAAGAAGUUGUCGCUGCUCCGUGUGUGUUCCGGAACAGCGGCUGGAAGUUUUACCUGGAGGCUCUGACCUUCCGACGUUCAGGCGAAGCACAAAGAAACAAGGUCUCUUAAAGUAAUCAGCAAUGAAGGCCCGAGUGACAGAUCAUCUGAAGACUGCGUUUUUUAUCAUCACCCUCCUGUCAGCUGGUUCAAGUGAACAUGACCUUUUCCUGAGGUUCUGUGGCACAUGGCGCCAUGGCAGGAACCCCUUGAGCCUGAACAUUAAUGUCUCUAAAGGCUGCACUGGGAUCUCUGUUUCAGCCAAUGAGAGCUCUCUGUCUGUUAAUGGGAGCAUCACUGCUGGGUGUCAUAGGUUUAAUGAGAUUCCUCUCGACAAAUAUGGAUUUCAUUCAGAGGAGGAUACGGACUUCUGCUUGCAAUGGGAGCCUCUGCUGGACCAGCUGAUGCUUGAGGUUGGGGAAACGAACCUCAUUCUUUGCCCUCCUUCAAGUCCUGCACAAAGGUGUUGCACCGACCUGAGUCUUGGCCCCAAUACACCUGAAGCACAACAUGGCAUCGUCAGUGGAAAAAUCCAAACUGAUCUCAUUAGUAGCCAAACUGUGACGAGCUACAUGUUUAAGGGGAUAUUCACCAACUGCAAGGUGUUGUGUGACCAAGCAAACCAGACCUAUGUCAAAGGGUCUCACAACACUCAACAUCCCUGUGCUCAGAGAUCUGAAAAAGAGAUGAAGAAAGGUUUCAGCGGUGAAAAGUUCUCAUCAAAUUCAACUCCCACUGUCUACAUUCCUCCUGUUGUGAAACCAGCCAUGAAAAUACAAAGCAAAGUGUCCGUAACCUUCUAUAAGAACAACUCCCUGUUUGAGGUAGGCUACAGGGAGGUCAAGCUUCUCAAAGAUGUGGUGGAAAUCACAGUAGAGAACGAGGUCAUCACUAAUCUGCCUGAGCCAAUAAGGAUUGUCUUUGACCAUGAUGUCAUACCUCGGAACCAUAAAAGAAAAUGUGUUUCGUGGGACACUCGGAAAGAUCCUUUGAAGGUGAACUGGUUGGUGGAUGGAUGUAGGACAAAUGAGAUAGGAGCACAACACACAGAGUGCCAGUGUGACCAUCUGACUUACUUCUCAGUGCUGGUGCAACUGGAGAAUGGACCUGUGCGCCAUCUGCUGCCCCUGACAGUCAUUACAUCUGUAGGCUGUGCAGCAUCAUUCUUCAGCUGUAUCGCUGUCAUCGUCUUUUUCUGCAGGAACAGGAGGCGAUCAAAGGAGCAGUCUAUAACCAUCCACAUGGGCCUAGCAUUAUCCCUGGCCUUCCUCAGUCUGCUCUUCUUCUUGACUGGGGUGUUGGCCAACGUGGAAGUGGAGAACAUGUGCACCUGGGUGGGAGCCAUGCUCCACUAUGCCCUACUCAGCUCCCUUACCUGGAUGGGGAUAGAAGUGUUUAACACCUUCUGGUUGGUCUACAUGGUGUUCCGAUCCUCCCCAAGCCCUUUUGUGUGGUUCCUGAUCGGUUUUGUUCUGCCUGCUGUUCCUGUUGUUACCCUGGCUGCUCUGGGAGAUAUUUAUGGAACGGUAGAGAUUGUACCAGCUGAGAACAUCUCUAAUCCUUAUCGGAUGUGCUGGAUGAAAGUAACUGACCAAAGGGCCUUACUGGCUCAUUAUUUCACCACCAUGACAAUCCUUGCCAUUCUGGUGUCUUCCGGGGUCAUUAUGCUCUUUCUUGUCUACCGGAAAAUCCGCACCAGGGAUGAAUGGAAGCAGAACCGAGUGGCUUUUCUCAGCAUCUGGGGUCUAAGCUGCCUCUUUGGAACAACUUGGGGUCUGACCUUCCUGAACUAUGACCCACUAUCAGACUUUAUUCUCUUCCUCUCCUGCUUCCUAAACUCUUUUCAAGGUUUCUUUCUGAUGCUGAGGUUCGUUAUUCUGGACUGGAUACGGAAACAGGCCCACAGGUCGGUUCUAGGAAGUACCAGCUCCGGAUCUGCCAAGCAACACAUGCUGCAGACCACAGAGAAGAGUUAAGCACUCCAAGUAAAAGGUGUGGAGUACAGUGACCAAAUCCAACCCGUAUAUAAUUAAAAUCCAGUCUACUGUGAGACUGUAUCAUUGUAAAUGACAAGAUUCUCUCCAGAGCCAGUGCUGUCAGGUCAGGUGAAGGAAUGUAUGAGUUUGUUAUGCUGUGAUGUUUAAACAGGAAACGUUGAAGACCAGCCUGAUUGGUUAGCACAAUCACACUGAAUGAACUUAUAAAGACUAACACAAUCACUUUAAAACAGAGUUCAGUGGUUUAACCACACCUUUAGUGUCAAAGUUGGGAUGAUAUGACACCCCUAACAAACUACUGAUUGUGUCUCAUCAGACUUGAAGGGAUUUGUUGUAUAUAUAACCACAAUAUGUUAAUCCAACCCUUCUAUGUCAACUCUUCUUCAAGAUCUUUGUAAUCAAUAUACCUGAUUAUAAUUUAUCAGUCAUAACAAUAUGACCACCCUCUCAUUAAGUAGAUCACCUUUCUGCCUUCAGAACAGCUCUGGCCUGUCUGGUCACUGGCAAAGAACAACUCAAUAUGUCCUGUGAGUGUCUGGUGCUGAUAUGUUAGCAGUAGGUCGUUUAUAAUCUAUGGGUUGUGGGGCAGGAUUGCUUUUAAACUGGCUUUCUUCCUGCCGAUCCCAUCAUAUUUAUAUCUUAGAGACUUUCAGAACACAUCAAAGUCUUAGUUUUUAAAUCCACGGCACAUUUUUAGCAGGUUCGUAUGGUGAGACCAGUGGCAUCUCUAGGGGAGUUCAUCUAACUUCUGGCAUAUGGGCCAAAAAUUGGUAUGAAAAUGAUCAAUUUGUUUUAUAAAUAGAGAUGUUGCAAAAAAAAAAAACAGCUGUUGAUCAGUAUCUGACGAAUUUCAGCUUGGUGGACCUCGACCAGUGACUGACCGAUUUAUUUAUUGGUAUUUAUUUCCCAAGGUAUUUAUUUUCAGUAUCAGUGAGGUGUUUCCAAAAAAAAUCUCAAAUUGGAGCACCAAUGGUGUAAGAAGCUUUAAAGGCCAUUUUAAAGGAAGAUUUCUUUUCUACGACAUGUUGAUACAUAUCUGUGGUUAAAUCAGCCUGUGAGAGAGAGCAAGACUUACCUCAGGUAACAGGAAGGCUUAAAGUAUUACAGCAAAGUUCAUCCUUUUCAACUUCCAGACUGUCUGUUAUAGAACAUGCUGGAGUUGAAAACGUUGGCAGCCUUUUGGAUCUCUCAGUUAUAUUCUCAGGGGAAUCUAAAAAGAGACUGCUAGCAAUGCUAAAGAUAAGAUGCUAAAAACAAUUUACAAUAUCCCAUCCACAAUGAUUCUGUGUUGGUUUUAAAAUAGUCAAAACUUGUCUUACUAUAACUGCUCUCUCACACACAGUGGGACCUUGCCUCUGAUCAGAAUAUAAAUAACUAAUGAGCGUUCCUGGCAGGAAGACUAUAAAGAAUACUUUGAGUAAUACUAUUAUAUUGUCUUAUAUUACAGUUUUUAAAAAUCAAUUAGCUAAAAUCUGUCUCGGCUAAGUAAAUCUUUACAAACAGUGAAAAUAACACGUUAGCCACAAAAUUAGGAUCCAAUCAUCUUUAAUAAGAAGUGUUAAAAAGUAAUAUCUAGGUAAUAGAUAUGAUGCAGGUUUCCAUAGAAGCAUUGCAAGAUGAUAAGUUUAGUAAGUUACUAUAUAUGUGAAUCUUAAAUGUUAAAUACUUUGGCACUGUUGGAAAAUCACGUUAAUGGGAUUUUUCAGAAGAGAAACAAUAGUUAACAGAUUCUUUUUGUGCUGUUAUGGGGAACUGGAUCUCUUGUAGACCUCAUAAUGCUUGACCGUGUAUCACUGCAUCAUCCAUUGCUGUAAACCUCCAAGCUAAGGCCUCUCUGUUCUCUUUUGUAGUAUUGGUUCUGCUUGGGAUUCAAGAACUGAGACUACAAUAUUAGCAGAUGCUCUUUAAUUUUCGGCUUCAUUAGUAAGUGUCAGUUUCAGAUUGAGUAUAAUCACAUCUCAGUAUCUGAUCUCUUCAGAGGAGAUAAGUGUGAAAGUUAUUUCAAAUCGAAUGACAAAAGACGAAAGAAUAUAAAGGCAUUUACUUGAUAAACUAAUGCUUGUGUCCUGUACUUGUAUGAAAGAGCCCCGCUCCCACCUCCCAGUUACUCAGGAAGUUCAAUCUCAGGCCCGGAGCCUGCAUCUACAGUAUCUCUAGACUGGUUCUAGUUAAAGAACAAACAGCUUAUUAGUGGCGAUUCAGAAUUCUUUGGGAAUGACGUUAAGCUUUAUUACCAGACAGAGAAACGUAAAACUUAAUAUUUGUAUCCUACUGUGCUGUGAUUUUAUUGUAUAUCAGGAACAAUGUGUGAUUACUGAAAAGUUCCCUUAGAUAAGCUUUUAUAUUUGAACUGUUUGUUGGUUUUGACCUGUGCUUUUUUGAUAUUUAGUUGAGAAGCCAUUUGAAAUAGCACUUUAGACUGCUGUUGUGUUGUUUAGCCUCACUUAGCUGCUGUGUGCUCUACCUAGAAUACCUGUCAUGUACACUUGGUGGUAGUAAUUAAAAACUAAAUGUUUUGCUGAAAAAAACAUGUUUUUAGUGAAUUCAGGAAAAAUAAUAACUCUUGAAAUAAACCCAAAAUGUGUUAGAAUAAAGCAUUUGACUGCUAAAUCUCCACGUUUAUUCAAUUCAAAUUCAAAAAUACUUUAUUCAUCAAAUUUAAUUUUUAUCAUUUUGAUGAAUUUAUUAUUUCCUUCCCAGAAGAACAUACAAGUUCUAGAUGCUGUGAUGUUUGCACUUUUUUUAUUUUGAAAAAUAUUCAGUAAAAUCCUUGUGUAUAUCUGAGCUUUUGCAUAUGUCUGUAUGGACUCUUAAUAAAAUAUGUUUUGGUGAAACAGA